AUGGUUUUGGCUGAUUUGGGGAAGCGGAUUAACUCUGCUGUGAAUAAUGCAAUUUCCAAUACACAGGAUGACUUUGCUACAUCCGUAGAUGUAAUGUUAAAGGGCAUCGUAACUGCGUUGUUAGAAUCGGAUGUUAAUAUUGCCCUGGUUUCUAAAUUACGAAAUAAUAUAAGGUCACAACUGCUGAGUGAAAACCGUAGUGAGAAGUCUACAACCAACGCACAAACUAAGAAGCUUAUUCAGAAAACGGUGUUUGAUGAACUAUGUAAGCUGGUCACCUGCGAAGGUAGUGAAGAGAAGGCCUUUGUGCCCAAGAAAAGAAAGACAAACAUUAUAAUGUUUGUCGGGCUGCAAGGUUCAGGUAAGACUACUUCCUGUACAAAGUUAGCGGUUUACUACUCGAAGAGAGGUUUUAAAGUGGGUUUGGUAUGUGCGGAUACUUUCCGUGCUGGUGCAUUUGACCAAUUGAAACAAAAUGCCAUAAGAGCGAGAAUUCCAUUCUAUGGGUCAUAUACGGAAACUGAUCCUGCUAAAGUCGCAGAAGAAGGUAUUAACAAAUUUAAGAAAGAAAAGUUUGAUAUUAUUAUUGUCGAUACUUCGGGUAGGCAUCAUCAAGAAGAAGAGUUGUUCCAAGAAAUGAUUGAGAUAUCUAAUGUCAUCAAACCUAACCAGACUAUUAUGGUUCUGGAUGCUUCUAUCGGUCAAGCUGCAGAGCAACAAUCCAAGGCUUUCAAAGAAUCAUCUGAUUUUGGUGCCAUUAUAUUAACUAAGAUGGACGGACAUGCUAGAGGAGGUGGGGCAAUCUCGGCUGUAGCAGCUACGAACACUCCGAUUAUCUUUAUUGGUACUGGUGAGCAUAUUCAUGAUUUGGAAAAGUUCUCUCCCAAAUCAUUCAUAUCCAAACUGCUGGGUAUCGGUGAUAUAGAAAGUCUUUUUGAACAAUUACAAACCGUUUCUAACAAGGAAGAUGCAAAAGCUACAAUGGAAAACAUUCAAAAGGGUAAGUUCACCUUGCUAGAUUUCAAGAAGCAAAUGCAAACAAUAAUGAAAAUGGGCCCAUUAUCAAAUAUAGCGCAGAUGAUUCCUGGUAUGAGUAAUAUGAUGAAUCAAGUUGGGGAGGAGGAAACGUCCCAAAAGAUGAAGAAAAUGGUUUACGUCUUGGAUUCCAUGACCAGAGAAGAACUAGAAUCUGAUGGUAGAAUGUUCAUCGAACAGCCUACAAGAAUGGUUCGUGUAGCUAAGGGUUCAGGUACUUCUGUAUUCGAAGUAGAAAUGAUAUUGAUGCAACAGCAAAUGAUGGCGAGAAUGGCACAAACCGCAACACAACAACAACCAGGCGCCCCUGGAGCCAAUGCUAGGAUGCCCGGUAUGCCAAAUAUGCCUGGUAUGCCCGGUAUGCCCGGUAUGCCCAAUAUGCCUGGUAUGCCAAAAGUGACUCCACAAAUGAUGCAGCAAGCACAACAAAAACUGAAACAAAACCCAGGUCUAAUGCAAAAUAUGAUGAACAUGUUUGGUGGUGGUGGAAUGGGUGGUGGAAUGGGCGGAGGAAUGCCUGAUAUGAACGAAAUGAUGAAAAUGAUGCAAGAUCCACAAAUGCAACAAAUGGCAAAGCAAUUCGGUAUGGGUUAA